AUGCCUUUAGUUAAAUCAGCAGCCACCAAAUUAGAAUGGGCAAAAGUGAUGACCCAGCUAAAACUAACUGGACGUACAGCUUCCGAAUUAUCUUCCUUCAAAAAGCGUAAUGAAGAAGCAAGAAGAAAAUUAUUAGAGUUACAAACUAAAUCUACUGAAGUUGAUUUUGAUUUCUACCGCUCAGCUUUGAAAAACAAGCAGAUCGUCGAUCAAAUCCAAAAGAGUUUUCAACAAUACAAGCCCGUUAAAAUUAAUACUUCUGAACAAUUGUCAACUAUUGCUGAGUUUGAAAAGCAAGCAUUGCAAAGUGCCAAGGAAACAGAACAAGUUGUUGCAAGAGAAUUGGCUGACUUAAGUGCUACUUUGAAAAAUAUUGAAGCUGCAAGACCUUUUGAUCAAUUGACUGUUGAUGAAUUGGUUAAAGCCAAGCCAGAAAUUGAUGCAAAGGUUGAAGAAAUGGUUAAGAAGGGUAAAUGGGAUGUUCCUGGAUAUAAGGAAAAAUUCGGUGAUUUAACUGUGAUGUGA